AUGGCUGACUGGGACUGUGACAACUGCUAUGUCGAGCCUCCAUCAUCUGAUUCAGUAACCAGAGUGAAGAAGUGGGUGUCCGGCUACAACAACGAUGAAACCUUAGGCGCGAGAGAAGUCCUGAUCUUGGUUAACCGAGAGUCAGAUAGCCUUGUCGCAUCCCUUCAGCCUGCCAGAAUACCUCUUAUAAUUGGCAGUGCAACAAUUUGGACUCGAAAAGUCUGUCUACAAGGACCAUUAGCCCCUGGUACAUCUGGAUCUUGGGUAGUUGAUAGAAUAUCAGGAGCAUUGUGCGGGUCAAUUAUCAUUGUCUAUGACGGUGAGCCAUAUGCACUCAUGAUGACUGCCCAAACGCUCCUGUCCGACAUCAGAGCAUAUUCCAGCAUGGCUGUCGAUGAGACAAUAUUUCCAACAGUGUCUGAGCCAAUGCGGAAAGAAGUUGAAGAAUUACAACCAUUCGUCAGAAACGCCAUUUCAGGGAAGUCCUCUCUAGAGGUUGACAGUACGAGCGAUGACCACGAUAGUGGUACCAAUUACUCACCACCCAGUUCAGUCAGCUCUACCACAUCCAGCAUCUUCAAAUACGACGUGAUAAACAGUCGAACGUACCAAACCGUACAAGGCAAAUAUUGGGCGCCAACCGAUCAAGUAUCACUUAACGCGAUGGAAGUAUUCUACCACACGGCCUUUCUUGUUCUUAGAAGCAAACUCUAUCUCGCACCACUUGAUGCAAACCAGGUCCACAGCGUCCUCGACAUAGGGACAGGUUCUGGAACAUGGGCCAUGGAUUUUGCUGAUGAUUGUCCCGAAGCGGAGGUUAUCGGCAUAGACAUUUCACCGAUACAGCCAAUAUUUGUUCCGCCCAACCUUCAAUUCGAGAUUGAUGAUUUCACAAAAGAGUGGACGUUUGAAGCAAACUCCAGAGAUUUCAUUCACAUGCGAUUCCUAGGUGGAGGUGUUUCCGAUUGGCGCUCUCUUUAUGAAAAUGCGUUCAGGGUCACUAAACCUGGAGGGUGGAUUGAAACACAUGAAUUCGAUCCCAGGUUUCAUAGUCAGAACGACUCUAUCGUGCAUGGCAGCGCGAUAGCCGCGUGGGGUAGCAUUUUUGAAGAAGGAUGCAAGAAACUUGGUACAUCCUUCAUCCCGAUUCCUUCAAAGGUCCAACAGGAGCAUCUUGAAGCAGUGGGAUUUGUUGAUAUUCAAUCCCAAACAAUCAGGGUUCCUGUUGGAAGAUGGGCUAAGGAGGAAUACAUGAAGGAAAUCGGGACUUUUGCAUUGGGGAGCAUCACGAGUGAUAUACAUGGAUGGAUUAAUUUCAUGACUUAUACUUGUGACUGGAAGGAGGACGAUAUAAGGGAGUAUUGCGUGCGGUUACGCGAAGAGCUUGCAACUAAAACAACGCAGUUGUAUUACUACCAGCAAAUUGUUUGGGGUAGAAAGCCUCACGACUGA